GUGAAUGCGGGGUCCGGGGAGAGCGGAUACGGUGAAUGCGGGGUCCGGGGAGAGCGGAUACGGUGAAUGCGGGGUCCGGGGAGAGCGGGGUACGGUGAAUGCGGGGUCCGGGGGGAGAAGCGGGUACGGUGAAUGCGGGGUCCGGGGAGAAGCGGGGUACGGUGAAUGCGGGGUCCGGGGAGAAGCGGGUACGGUGAAUGCGGGGUCCGGGGAGAAGCGGGUACGGUGAAUGCGGGGUCCGGGGAGAAGCGGGGUACGGCGAAUGCGGGGUCCGGGGAGAGCGGGUACGGCGGACGCGGGGCCCGGGGAGGCGGGUACGGCGGACGCGGGGCCCGGGGAGGGCGGUACGGCGGACGCGGGGCCCGGGGAGGGCGGGUGGGAGCGGACGCGGGGCCCGGGGGGGGUGGAGCGAACGCGGGGCCCGGGGGGGGAGCGGGGUGGAGCGAACGCGGGUUCCAGGGUGGUCAGACAAGUGAA